GCUUCACCUGAAAGUCGAUUCUCGGACGCAUCACCCCAGAGACCAGACCACACACCACAGCUAUCAUGGCCGAGAAGUUUGUUGGGACCUGGAGGAUGGUGAAGAGUGAAAACUUUGAUGAUUACCUCAAGGAACUCGGUGUGAGCUUUGCUAUACGCCAGGUAGCCAGCAAAGCCAAACCGAGUGUGACCGUCUCCGUGGACGCUGAUGGAACCAUAACUCUGAAUACUGGAAGAAAAGAUAUCAAGUUCAAACUGAACGAAGAGUUCAUCGAGACCACCGGUGAUGCGAGACAGACUAAAAACGUAGUGACCCUGGACAAUGGUAGAAUGGUCCAGAGGCAGACAUGGGAUGGCAAGGAGACAACCAUCGAGAGAGAGUUGGUGAGCGACAAGUUUGUCACGACAUUUAAGAUUGGAGAUGUUGUGGCAGUGAGAACAUUCGAGAAGCAAGCAUGAGUCUGUGCACCUGCAGGACCUGAAAACCAGAGAGGAGAGACCCGUAGUUUGUUCUCAUUUUACUCUGAAAUCAGUAAAACAGAACUAUGACAUCUUUCUCUCUCUCUCUCUCUCUCUCUUUCUGUCAGUGUGUCAUGUUAUUGCUCUGUACAGUAUAUAAAUCAAGAAUCAGAAUAAAAGUUGAAUAGAUGUCA